UUCAUUUCCUGCUAAAUGAAAGUGAAACCGUGAAGCAGACUUUAUUUACAAUGGCAUCUAGCAAACAAGCUGAAGCUGUUCUGGAGGAAUUAAUCUGUCCGGUGAGCCUUGAAGAGCUAAAUGUUCCAAUGAUGCUAGAGUGUGGACAUCACUUCUGCAGGACGUGUAUUGACCAAGUCUGGGAUAGAGAGGAAAAACCUUCCUGUCCUGAGUGCAGAGAGGAAAACCCAUCCAGAAAGUACACACUGAACCGGCUACUAGCAAAUGUGAUUCAAACGUUGCAUAAACAGAGUCCGAAAGAAGUACCAGACCUUAGACAGAAAGACAGUGAUCUUCUCUGUAUGAAACAUGUUAAAAGGCUGGAGUUGUUCUGUGAAAGUGAUGAAACUUUGGUUUGUUCAUUGUGUGUUCCUGAUCAUCGCUGCCACAACUUCCUGAAUGUGCAGGAAGCAAGCAGUAAGUAUAAGAGUGUCAAGAAUGAAACAGAAAGGAAGAAAUAUAGUCAGGAAGUGAAAACUGAUGCUGUAGAACUGAUUUCUGAUGAUCUGACUCGGGGGGUGUACAAAGGUCCUCUACAGUACAAGGUUUGGAAGGAAAUGCUGUCCGCCCUCAUCCCAGGUUUGUCUCACCUAAGCCUAGACCCUAACACAGCCCAUCCCCUGCUCAUUCUCUCUGGGGACCUGACCAGCGUAAGAAGUGGUGUUGAAUGGAAGCAGCUCCCUGACAUUCCUGAGAGGUUUGAUGUAAAAAAAAGUGUGCUGGGAUCAGAGGGAUUCACAUCAGGGUGGCACUACUGGGAAGUAGGGGUUGAGAACAAGACUGCAUGGGAAAUAGGUAUUGUCAGAGAAUCGAUCAGCAGGAAGGGAUUCAUCAUCAGAACACCAGAGGAUGGAUGGUGGGCUGUACGGCUGUGGGAUGAGAAUAACUAUUAUGCACUGGAAUCACCAUGCAAGCACCUCACCCUAAGUGUGAAACCACAGAAGGUCGGUGUGUACCUGGACUAUGGGGGGGGGCAGGUGUCAUUUUAUAAUGCUGAUAACAUGUCCCACAUCUAUACCUUCACUGACACAUUCACUGAAAGAAUCUACCCUUACUUCUGCCCUGGGUUUAAUGAUGAAAUUGAAAAUGUAGCACCCCUAACUCUGUUUCACCUGAAACUCUAAUGUGGACUUGCAUGCACCAUAGAUCACUGAAAUGGAAACGGUUGCCUUUUCAAAUGUCUGUAUGAUAAAUAACGCAUACUAUAUACAUAUUAAAAAUCACACUUUAUUGCAGGUUAAAUUUAGCAAUGACAUACAUAUACCAGAACUUCCCCAAACAACAGUUUAUAUGUCUGAAUAUUUAAUCUCUGAUAUAAAGUGGGUUCUUGCUGAAUACUGGUUGUCAUUCUUAUAUCAGUUGAGGUUAAAUAAUAUUGUUAUAUAAUUCUCAGUGAGAAAUAACUGCAUUACAUCCUAAAAAAAAGACAUCAAAUACAUGUCAGCUUGGAUAUGAACAUAGUUGUUUAAUAGUCACAUGUCAGAAUAUUUCUCAUUCGAAAACACAGAAUACAAAUGGAAUC